GCCUCCAGAAAGAUGGCACAAUGUAGCUUCAUGCUAUAGAAAGUUAUCAUUUAAAAGUUAAAGUGACUUGUAAAAACAGAUUAUGAUGGGAUUGUUUUGCCCUGUCUGUCAAAAUGACAAAUGUCUAAUGUAACUUCUGGAUUACAUUUUGGCAAAUGAGCCAUGUUGGAAGGCAAACACCAUUUCUUCAAACAGAGGCUGUUCAGGAAUUGAAGUAAGAGUGGAAUAUUUCAUCACUUUUGCUCAGAAACACUUGCCUGAAUAAUCGCAUCGAAAGCACCAUAUUAGAGCUAAUGUGUUUCACUUUGUGUCAACUGAAUUAUUUUUAAAUGAAAAAGACUUCAGUGAAAAUAUAAAACAGUUGUAUUUAAUGUACUAGCUAGACCUUUUCUCCUGAUCAGUGUGGGGUAUUGUAUAUGGUGCGUGUGGCUGUAUACUGUAAUGUCAUUGGUGUAAAACUGUUCAUGAAGAGCAACACAUCUAUAUUUUGAAGGGAACUGUGUCAGUGAGACGUUUUAGUGCUUUGACCACAUCGUAAACGAAUAUCUAUCCACAGAUAGAACUACAUGCCAGUAAAAUCACCUAAUUGGGGUGACUUGUACAUUUAUUCUCCUCAGCAGCAGCUGAUGACAUGUCAUCAAUCAUCGCUGCUGUGCCGUGAUAUUUUUAGAUGGGAAGGGAAUGAAUGAGGUUAUGAUUGUGGUCUCAGCCGUCGAUGUAGUCAGAGAGAGGGCUGUCCGUGCCCCUCCCUCGGCUGUAGGUGAUGUCUGAAGCCGGUAGCCCAGCCUCUCCGAACAUCUCCCCGCUCCCCUCUGUCCGUGAGGCUGCCCGGCAGCUGCGAACAGCCGCGCUCUGCCUCUCUCUCGUCCGCUUUGAGAAUCCGUUGGCCUGAGCGCCGCUCCGUGUGCGGGAAGAGGCGAGAAACACCGGCAGGUGUUGACUAGCUGGGCCAAAUCGCGGUGCAGACUGAUGACGAUGAUGAUGGUGAGGAUGAUGCAUCUCUUCCCGUGACUUUAUGAAUUGCAUCUCGGGCUGUUGUGAAGAAGCGCAGGGACAUCUCCCCCCGACAUCCUGGGCAUCGGUUCGGCUGGAUUUCUCGGGGCUUUUCUGAAGCCAGACGUGGGAUCUGAAACCAAGCCGUAGCAGAGAGCUCUUCUCAGCAGCGGCCCGCAACACUGCGCCAUGGCCUUGGAUGUCCAGACGUGCGCGGUGUUUACGGUGAUCGCGGUUCUGGUGCUUGUGAACGUGCUGUUGAUGUUCAUCCUCGGUACUCGUUAAUGGAUCUGCGCUUGGGGCCCGGUUCGCAGCGCACCACGCUCUCGUACAGGAGAGGAGAGAAAAGCGGUGCGCGUUGGUCGAGAGCGGGGACACCCGGCGCUCCAUCACGGCUACGCGUUGCAAUGAAUGACGUUGGUACAACCUAAUGUAUUUCUGUUUCCCCUCCCCAAUCCUCCGUUAUGUCUUGUGUCCUCUCGCCUUUGUGGUAGCAAGUGUUGUCUGGUGGUGGCUGUAGCUGUGCGGAUACAGAUCUGUGACCCUCUGUGGUGGCUGGAGAUUCAUAUUCCUCCCACACAGCCUCAAACAUGUCCCCCCAACGCCGAUCUCCUUCUCCCCCAUGUUGUCUGUUGUGGAUUACCAGUAAUGAUGAAUUUUGUAUUCUGUAAUAAUUUGAUUUUCGGGGAAUAAAAAUGGACCAGAUUUCCUUUCUAAUCUCAUUCUCCUGCUGCGUCAGGACUCAUUUUUCCCUAUUCUGAGCCACUGUAGCCACAUUCACAAUAUGGCAGCUGAUAGCAGUGCAGGGAUCUCUGUACAGAAGUUAAGGUGGUAUUUGUAGCAAAUAGCGUUGGAACCGAGAGACCUGCACUUCCCUUUAUAGACCCCGGAGGAUCAUUGUGAUCUCAGCUGAACACUAACCGACAGCAGGCAGGACCAGGCCUAAUAAAGGAGGGCCUCCAUCUCUCCAGGUUUCCCCCAUUUUAGAUUCUGCUAAACUCAGCUCCCAUUUCACAGUCCCUAAUAUCUCCAUCUCUGCAUAUUGCACAGUGUCAACAUGACACUCAUUUGUAUCCUGGUAAUUGUUAUUAUUAUCAGAAAUGUGUAAUCAUAAAUGAAUAUUUAUUCCAGACCUCAUGUCUUUUAAGUGAAAAGGCUUGUCAGUUCCCUCAAAGAAACCUGUGUUUCCUGGUCCUGCAGCCUAAUGUGUAAUAGAAGGAUCAGAGCCAGGUGUCAUGAAUGUUGUAUGAAGCUCAGAAAUAGAUACGCUAAAAGCCUGUCCUGGAGCCAUCCAUGGCAGUCCUAUUUAUAGCGAUAGACAGACUGGGUUUUUUAAGAUGCUUUAUGCACUCUCUCACACUCAAAUCUAGGUGCUCUGUCUUUUCUGUGUGUAGUCAAGUGGUAAAUCUCGUACUUAUAGAAUGUCAUUUUGGUAUCACGGAUACCUCCAUCACAUGCUAAUGUGGGUUGGUGUCUGUAAAAAUUCUUAUAUAUCAUAGUGUCACAAGAUCAGUGCUCACUGCAGUGGUUGUGGCUGAUAGCAGUGUGUUGUUCACAUAUGUCAGGUAGAGUGAGAGCGAUGGUCCUCAGUGGGUGCUAUCUUCUUUAAGUCUCAGUCCUCCACACAUCUGUCAUUCCUCCAGGGCAGGUACCUUCUAACAGCGUUCUGUUCUAAGCUGUUCAGGCAGAUGUGUCGAUGUGCAGAUGGUGAAUGUAUGUGAGUGAGACAACAGCGGUGUGUGUGAGGGUGUGUGUUUCUCACCGGUUCUGAACAGAGCAUCUUUGAUUGGCUCCCAGACUCGGGGUAUAAAUGUAUUACAUAAGAGGGCUGGCAGACACGGGGAGGACAGACCGCGAGACUCACUCGGUGCGUCGGAAAAAGAAACCUCUCUUUCUGGGAGACGGCGUCUCACGCAGCUCACGCAGAGGAACGCCACCUCCACAACUCCCAACCAGGAUUCCAUUAUGAUGAUUGUAUGAGCUGGACCUCUCCAUGAAUACAGUCUCUGUUCAGUUACAUGCCACAGACAUGUUGAUAAGUGGAGGUUCGGUUGUCAACGCCGAGGCAGUGUGGGACCAUGUGACCAUGGCAGAUCGAGAGCUGGCGUUUAAGGCCGGCGAUGUCAUCAAGGUGCUGGAUGCCUCCAAUAAAGACUGGUGGUGGGGCCAGAUAGAUGAGGAGGAAGGAUGGUUCCCUGCCAGCUUUGUACGGGUGGAACCCCACCCUCCUCAGCCCCAAACAAAACAGGUUUUCUAUAUCAACCCCAUAGCAACUCCACGGUUCCAAAACACCACGUCAAAGCUGUGGGUGAACCAGGAGGACGGUGGAGUAGAGCCGGUCGAGGGGACCAGCGAGGUGCAGAACGGGCACCUGGAUCCGACCAAUGACUGCCUAUGUCUGGGCUCACCCCUCCAGAACCGGGACCAGAUGAGGGCUAAUGUCAUCAAUGAGAUCAUGAGCACAGAGAGACACUACAUCAAACACCUCAAGGAUAUCUGUGAGGGUUACUUACGCCAGUGUAGGAAGCGUGUGGACAUGUUCAACGACGACCAGCUGAAGGUCAUUUUUGGAAACAUUGAGGACAUUUACCGCUUCCAGAUGGGUUUUGUUAGAGAUCUGGAGAAACAGUACAACACAGAAGAACCACACCUCUCUGAAAUUGGGCCGUGCUUUUUAGAACACCAAGAUGGGUUUUGGAUCUAUUCAGAAUACUGUAACAACCACUUGGAUGCCUGCAUGGAGCUGAGUAAACUAAUGAGGGACGGCAGGUACCAGCACUUCUUCGAGGCUUGUCGCCUCCUCCAGCAAAUGAUUGACAUCGCUAUCGAUGGCUUCCUGCUCACGCCUGUUCAGAAAAUCUGCAAAUAUCCUCUCCAGUUGGCUGAGCUUCUUAAGUAUACCGCCCAGGAGCACAGUGACUAUCGAUACGUGGCAGCAGCCCUGGCUGUAAUGCGGAACGUCACUCAACAGAUCAAUGAGAGGAAGAGGAGGUUGGAGAACAUUGACAAGAUCGCCCAGUGGCAAGCUUCAGUUCUGGACUGGGAGGGAGAUGAUAUCUUAGACAGGAGCUCGGAGCUUAUCUACACUGGGGAGUUGUCAUGGAUCUAUCAACCGUAUGGACGCAGCCAGCAGCGAGUCUUCUUCCUCUUUGAUCAUCAGCUGGUACUCUGUAAGAAGGACCUGAUACGCAGAGACAUCUUGUACUAUAAGGGUCGCAUCGACAUGGAUCGUUACGAGGUCCGGGAGGCCAUUGACGGGCGGGACGAUGACUUUAACGUCAGUGUAAAGAACGCUUUUAAGUUGUACAACAAAGACAGUGAGGAGAUACACAUCUUUCUGGCCAAAAAGCCAGAGGAGAAGAUCCGCUGGCUCAGGGCCUUCCAUGAGGAGAGGAAGAUGGUGCAGGAAGAUGAGAAAAUCGGUUUUGAAAUUUCUGAGUACCAGAAGCGACAGGCAGCCAUGACGGUGAGAAAGGUGACCAAACAGAAAGGUGUAAACAGGUGCACGCCCCCCUCAUACCCGCCCCCACAGGACCCCCUCAGCGCGGGGCAGUAUGAGGUAACGGAGGACAUGGCACAAGGAGAGGUUUUUGAAUUCAGUCAAUCCAAAAGAGGCCAGGCGCCUUUCUGGCAGAAUUUUAGUCGAUUAGCUCCAUUUAAGAAAUAGAGAAACAGACUCUUCUGAAGGACCUGCUAUUUUUCUUAGAAGCACUAAACACUGGAUGGUUCUGUCUCAUGAUGAAGAAAUUACACACACACACACACACUCACUCAUAAGACUUUGAAGUCCAGGACCAGUGUUGUUUCACCCUUUGACUGGAAACACCAAGAGGACUAAAGACUUCUGAGAGGAAAAGAAGAAACACACGUUGGUAUUCGUUAGUGACGUUCUUAGUUAUCACGCUUCUCCAGCUGGCUCAACUCUCAUGAACUCCUCCCCCUUGGAUUCUGCACACUCACGCCAUCUGAAUGUUCUGGAGUUAUUGAGAUUGUUUUGUUUUGUUUAUUUUUUAUUCACGACCUGGACAACAGAAGCGCUGCCAGGUUGUUUUUGUUGUGUGAUUGUGUCCAGAGGCUGAGACGGGGCUGUGCUGCUAUGUGAGACUGUGUUCUUCUGAAUGUGAGACUGACGCACGACGACCUCCGCUGAGGGACGUGUCGUGUUCAAGGACCUGCCGGGCUCAACUGUCAGACUUAAAUCAUCGUCAUCACCACUAACCAGCUCAUCCCUGCUCCACUGAUGCCUCCAUCUGGAUCACCUUCCGCUCAUCAUAUCACCCUCAUUCUUCUUUACAAAGUCUGGUGUCGUCUUCCCUUACUCCACAUCCUUCUUGUCCUCUAUCUCCUGAUCCACCUGCUCAGCUUUUUGUGAGUCAGUGGCUCUCAGAGGGGGAUUUUCAUUCAUCUGGAAACCUGCCAUUGGCCAUGAUAUGAUGGGUCAGGGAACAAAUCAAUAGAGUAUUGAAAUCCUUCCACCAACCGCUCGUGACAGGGUAUUCACAUCCAUGCCCGGUGUGUUUCGUCUGACGGAGAGCUGAAGCAUCUGGGAGCAGGAGAUAGGCGGGUUAUGGUCCACCUGCUUUGUGCCGUACUCUCAUGGGCGAGUACCCCCUCCCUCCUCGUAGCACUGUGCUGGCAGCUCGCUGGGUGCUGGGAAACAUGGCCGCCUACCUCCAGGAGAAAGUCUAAAGUCGGAUUUUCACGUCGACUCCAAACACGAAGACGUAAUGAUUCUGCUGUGAUCACAGUGUAAAACCACUCAGCCCGACUGUGUUUGCUCUCAUCUCAGUACGACGUUUACAUUUGUUAUGUUACAGUUUGGAAACUUAGCGAGGACCCAAACCAACACCAGGGUCUCAGUUCCGCCAGUAUUUCAGAAAAGAAAUGCCGUUAGAACGAUGAGUGUGAUUAGUAGCAUGCACGGGUCCUGCUGACGGGUUCAACGCCUGGGGCCUCGUUUAUCAAACGUACUUACGCACAGAUGUGUGCGUAUUUGGUGCGUAGGGACAAUCUACUCGUGCGGUAUUCAUCAUUUAUCAGAAACGUUCCUGAAUGUAAGAACAUCUGUCCGUGGAACAGCUUAUGGUGGCAGAACGGGCAAGCGCGCUACCGAAUGUCUCAGUCAUCCAAAUGUGUUUCUCAUCCACACGUUUUACUGAUCCUGUCUGUAAUUUUGUCAGUGGAAAAAUGGCUUUUUCGCAUAAUUGGUGCUAAAACCAAUAAAAGACAGGUGUGACCGACGGGAAUCUGACAUUAUCUCAUGGCUGCUCUGUGUUAUUGGAGGAUUUAACAGAGCGUGCUCUCUGGAGGGAACACGUUCUCCGUUAGCGCUCUGAUCUCAAAGGAAAUCCUUCUGCUAUGCUCAGAUUUGGGACUCUUUGUGGCGCGACGGACAAACUUCACGAAUCCGAUCCCGGUUCAUAUUUUAUUUUACAACCAUGAGAGCCCCCCAGAACCUCCUCUGCUCCCCGAUCAUACACGCCGCGUUGCCAAGGUAACCAGACUGAAUGACAGCUCAGAGGCUGCACUCUCAGGCAGCAAUUCCAAAUAAAACUAACUCCAAACAGAACGAGUCCUUAAAUGCAAACAACAACCCGUUACUCUACGAGUUAUUUAUUUGUUUCUGACAGGAACCUCUCCUCUGUCCCGACCGCGUUUUUAACCUCUGCAGCUUGUUGGUUCGAUCUCGGUGUCAAUAAAGUUUUUCUUAUUUUUUCUGGGGGUAAAAAACAGGGAAUCCCCUCGAGUGCUGAGGACGUAGCGUGACCAAAUAUGGUUAAUUGAGGGCGUUUCUCUAUGCAAAUGGCUGUCAACAGGCAGAGCACCCGAGUACGCACAAGUGGCAUCUAUCAACAGCUGAUUGCGGAGAAACAAGCUUACGAGAGGUCACCGCCUGUUCCAUAAGUAAGACUCUGAGCUGUUCGUACGAACAUUCUUAUUCCCAUUCGUAGGAUAGAAUAUAGGAACGUUUGAUAAAUGAGGUCUCUCCACCCCGUCACGUCCGAUCCGUGGUUUGCCAGUUAGACUGUGGCCCGAUCCGAUCCAUUUGUUUAAUCACCAAAGUCCCUGGGGCUGCUGUGUGUGUGUGUGUGCGUGUGUGUGUGUGUGUGUGUGUGUGUGUGUGUGUGUGUGUGUGUGUGUAUGCGUGUGAGACUCCACCUCCUGCUGAGGCAUUGAGCUACGAGAGAAGCUCUCCUCUCUCAUCACAGAAGUGUUUUCUACUCCUGGAAUGUAGAGUCCAUGCUGUGUGAUCAUAGCUGACCUCAGAGCUGCUGUUUGUGUUCACCUCUUCCACCACACGGACAUUUACCACAGUAAGACGACUUGUGCGAUGUGACGCAUCAUUAUGAAUCCUCACUAUUCGCUAUGAUGUGAAAGAGCUGAGUAUUGUUCUGUGGUUCUGACCCAGCUCAGAGUUGCGUAAGCCCUGCUCUGCCCCACUGAGGCGGCUGCUGCUGUGGGUAGAGAUGCUCCCAGUGAGGUUGUUGGGAAAGAUGACGCUCAUGCCUGGCAAAGCAAAAAGAAAUGGUUCCCAGGCCAUGACAACCUCAGGUCCCACCUGCCUACCCCUACUAGUCCUUACUCAACACACACACACACACACACACACAGUUGCACAAUCAUGCUCACCUGCUGGCCCGUUCCUCUGCGGAGAAGAGAGAUGCUAUCUAACAGUGCCUUCCAGCAUCCACUAGAGAUAAUCGAUUCAGUUUCACUGGCAGGUUUGAAUUAGUCUUGUAUUUUCCCUUCAGUGCAUUUCUUCCUUUCUCCUUCUCUCUCGUCUCGUUCACACUGGGAUUCCCUCGUUCCACCGGUGCGCGACACUCACUCGGACAGAAACUCAGAGGUCAGACCUUCUCCACUCCAGCAGAUGCCGUGUGGUCUGAGUGGAACACCUGAUUUUAUGUCCCACGUGCACAGCAGCUACUUUAAUCGUACAAGACGACGUUCACUCUCAUUCCAGUCGAAUAAAUGCUUCACUUAUUAUCUAUUUCACUUGCUGAAAGAUUGAAUUUGAGUAAUUAGAAGACAGAUUUACUUGAGUUAGGUCAGGUUUCACAUGUAAUAGUGAGUGACGAAUCAGAAGAAGUCAUCUAUUUUAACUUUGUCAGCUACAGACUGUAAAUACUGUACAAAGAACAGAUCAUAUAUUUGGAUAUUGGUAUUUUGCGUUGGAGACUAAUGUUGUUCCAGUUCUAGCGUGCGGUAGACCUCAGUACCAGGUUAAUGCAUGCGUGUGGCAUCCAAUAGUUUGCAUGAGACUCGAGGCAACUCUUACCAGAUUGUUUAGUUUCGCUGACCUUCCCCUCCCACGCCGGAGGCGGGACCAUUUAUUUGUGAGCCCGUGACAUCUCACUGAAGGGAGCUGUUUUCUCUGUCCACCUGUACCCCGCUCACGUUCAUGGUGUUUUUAUUUAUUGUCACUUAGAGCAGAACACCACGUUCUCCACGUCUGAUGGGUGGUAUACACGACACAUCUCCUCGUUACGCUGUCCAGCUGCUGGUUAUUUUUAGUGCCAACAUCAUCAUCGUCAUCUUCAGCGGAGGCAAAACGGGUAAUCUUUUUACGACAACAGAACCAAACAGGAGCUAGCUCUUAUCCGGGGUGCUUUUGUGUAUAAAUUAGUAGCGGCGCUAUGGAAACCUCUAGAUGAGCUAAAAAUAAAUAUAAUCCACAAAGAACUUCAUUAGAAUUCAUAUCAUGCUCUCGUUUAAGGAAUGAAGUACAGUACUCUUCUAUUUAUUGACAGCAGUAUUAAGUUGUUCUGAACCAAACUGUUUAAAUGAUGUGUAUAUUGGGUUUAUUCUUAUUAUUUCUUUAUUUUAAUAACUAAUCUGAUGGCCUAAUAGCCAAAAGGACAGGGUUGGGUUCAUUCUCAGUUAGCCUCGCAGCUCCGUGUAGUCCAUCACUGGCUCGUGUGACAUGUCAGGGUCCGAGUCUUCUACCAGCCAUGUGGUGUUCAGUAACAACGAGAAGACUCGUCCCUCGUCUCAGAAACUGCUCACUGUAUAUUACCAUCUAGUUUGAGGUCUGGAUUUCUUUUUUCUUUGUCAUUGAAAGUUUUACUCGCAGUAUUUACGUCCUUUAACACCAUAUGCAAACCGUUUUUCUUUCUGUCUGUCUCGUUGGCCUUUAUUUGUUGUAGAAAUGAAAAACCUGAAAAAUAAUGCCUAUUCAAUCCAGAAACUGUGAAUGGGAGAGUGGAGAUGUCAGCUGUAUGUACAUUCUAUGUUUUGAUGUAUUCAGAAGCACUGGGAAUAUGUUGUACUUCGCUGUAAAAAAACAAAGAAAUCCAUAUCUGAUAUAGCUGUACUUUUGUUGAAAAUAAAACCUCUACAGAACGCCG